AUGGAUGAAGGGACUUUUGCAGACUUGGAGCUGAAAGAUGAUUCGGAUACGCCAGACAUAGCUGUUGACAGUUGGAACAGGAUCCUACUUCAACCAGGGAGUAAAAUUUUCUGGCCGGAUCUAUAUGAGAUGGAUGUGAGGACCCGAGAGCAACAAGAGGAAGCAGGAGGCGAGGCAGGAGGAGAGGCAGUUCGUGAGAGAUUAAGAGAAUUAGAGGCAGGGGGAGAGGCAGGUGUUGAGGCAGGGGGCGAGCCAGGAGGCGAGGCAGGUCGUGAGAGAUUAAGAGAAUUGGAGUUGAAGUUGAACAAAAGAAUGGAUGAUGGAUUUGCAUUGAGAGACAAAACAAUUCGUCUUCUGACAGCAAGAGUAAAGGAGUUGGAAGAAGACAAGAUUCAGAGAAAAAAUUGGUCAUUCCAAGUUGAAACUGAUUAUGUUUCAGGAGGCAGAAGAAAGGAGGGCGAGAUGCAUGGUGAUAAGGAGGAUGGUGAGGGUGAUAAGGAGGAUGGUGAGGGUGAUAAAGAGGCUGAUAAAGAGGAUGGUGAGGGUGAUAAGGAGGAGGGUGAUGAGGAGGAUGGUGAUGAGGGUGAUAAGGAUGAUGAGGAUGGUGAUGAGGUUUACAGUGAGGCAGAGGCUGAUAAGGAGGAUGGUGAGGGUGAUAAGGAGGAGGGUGAUGAGGAUGAUGGUGAUGAGGGUGAUAAGGAUGAUGAGGAUGGUGAUGAUGAGGAUGGUGAUGAGCAGAUUGAGGCAGAGGCUGAGAAGGAUGGUGAGAAACAGAUUGAGGCUGAGAAGGAUGGUGAGACAGCUGUUGAGAAGUUAGUGCAAGAUACUGAAGAGAGAUUUGAUGAGAAUGAAGAUGAGCAAUCUACACUUCAGAUUAUGGCAGACACUGCAGAGAGAUUUGAGAAGGCUGCUGCGGAAAAAGCUGUUGCGGACAAGACAGAUUCACAGGAUGCUGGUGAGAGGCCAAAGAGGGUGUCCAAGGUUUCUCAUUUGUUGAGGUCUCCUUUUACGCCAAACUGA